CUCUCUCUCUCUCUCCCUCUCUGUCUGGCGGAGCCGUGGACAGGAUUGGAGGCUAGUAGUGAGUGACUGCGGAGAGAGAGAGAGAGAGACUGAAGAGAAGAGAGGAGAGCAGAGCAAAAGAGAGAUCUAUAGUAGCAGUAUCUCUGCUGGAUACCUCUUCAAUAUUUCAAUCAGAAUUCUUCCUCAACCAGCUCGAGCCUCACACUUCCCACCGGACCCCCCAUCACCCAACCCUUACCAGGGGGACAUAUGAACAGCACAGAGGGUUUACCACCCCGGACCUCCACACAGGGAGCCAUGUGAUACCCCCUUGCGCUGCUGAAAUCCCCCCCAAAUCGGUGCUCUGAAUCGGGAUUGAAACCAAGGGUUGUAUUCCCCCUGCCUGAAACCCCCUCCUGAGUUUGUGGAUCUUCUCGAGCUGCAGGAGGAGGAAGAGAAGGGAGGGACUGCCAGGUCUCUGCAUACCCGGCUGUGAGACACUCUUCUCUGGGCAAGUGUGGGGUGUGUGCCCCCCUUGGGCUGGAGGCCAGCGCUCCAGCACCAUGGAUUACCUACCUGGGAUUGUACUGUUGCUGCUGUUCUGCGGGGCGGUGGUGCCAGGGCAGGGGGAGCCCAAGCACAGCGUCCCCAGGUUAAAGCUCUCCUACAGGGAGAUGGUAGAGUCCAGUAACCUCAUCACUUUCAACGGCCUCACCAACAGCUCCGGCUACGACACCUUCCUAUUGGACGAGGAGAGAGGAAGACUGUUGGUGGGUGCCGAGGACCAUGUCUUCUCCUUCGACUUGGUCAAUCUCAACAGAGAGCACAAACAGAUCGCAUGGCCAGCCACGCCCUCAAAGCGUGACGAGUGCAAGUGGGCGGGGAAAGACCUCGGGAAAGAAUGUUCCAACUUCAUCCGAGUGCUCCAGCCCUACAACUCCACCCACCUGUAUAUCUGUGGUACAGGGGCCUUCCACCCCAUCUGUGCCUACCUGGAGAUGGGCAAACGGGCAGAGGACAACAUCUUUCGACUGGAGAUGUCCCACUUCGAGAACGGCCGGGGGAAAAGCCCCUACGACCCCAAGAUGCUCUCUGCGUCCAUCAUGCUAGAUGGGGAGCUGUACUCUGGCACGUCGGCAGACUUCAUGGGAAGGGACUUUGCUAUCUUCCGUACCCUGGGGGAGCAUCAUCCUAUCAGGACUGAGCAACAUGACUCUAGAUGGCUCAAUGACCCCAGGUUUGUAGGUGUAAACCUGAUCCCAGAGAGUGACAACCCUGAGGAUGAUAAGAUCUUCCUCUUCUUCAAAGAGAACGCCAUGGACGGAGAACACACUGGCAAGGCCACUAUUGCCCGCAUAGGACAACUGUGUAAGAAUGACCUGGGAGGUCACAGGAGUCUGGUCAACAAGUGGACCACCUUCCUCAAGGCCAGACUGACCUGCUCAGUGCCAGGCCUCAACGGCAUCGACACACACUUCGACGAGCUGCAGGAUGUCUUUCUGAUGAGCUCCAAAGAUCCUAAGAACCCAGUGAUCUAUGCUGUCUUCACCACUUCUAGUAACAUAUUCAAAGGCUCAGCAGUGUGUAUGUACAACAUGGCAGACAUCCGGAGGGUCUUCCUGGGUCCCUAUGCCCACCGAGAUGGGCCCACCUACCAGUGGGUACCCUUCCAGGGGAGGGUGCCCUACCCCCGCCCUGGCACGUGCCCCAGUAAAACGUUUGGGGGCUUUGACUCCACCAAGGACCUCCCUGAUGAUGUGAUCACCUUUGCGCGGGGCCACCCGGCCAUGUUUAACCCUGUGCACCCCAUCGGGGGUCGUCCCAUCGUGGUGAGGACUGAUGUGGACUACCAGUUCUCCCAGCUAGUGGUGGACAAGGUGGAGGCCGAGGACGGACAGUACGACGUCAUGUUCAUUGGAACAGACCUGGGCACGGUCCUGAAGGUGGUUACCAUCCCAAGAGAGAGCUGGCAUGACCUGGAAGAGGUGGUCCUGGAGGAGAUGACCGUUUUCAGGGAGCCCACCCCCAUCACAGCAAUGGAGCUUUCCACCAAACAGCAACAGCUGUACCUGGGCUCGGCGCUAGGCGUUUCCCAGAUGCCUUUGCACCGCUGUGAGGUGUACGGGAAGGCUUGCGCUGAGUGCUGUCUGGCCCGUGACCCCUACUGUGCCUGGGAUGGAACAGAGUGCUCCCGUUACUUCCCUACCGCCAAGCGGAGAACGAGACGCCAGGACAUCAGGAAUGGAGAUCCCCUCUCCCAGUGCUCUGACCUGCAGCAUCAUGAUGAUGUGGACGGGCUGGGUCAUGUGGAGGACAGGAGUGUGUACGGAGUGGAGAACAGCAGCAUGUUCCUGGAGUGUAGUCCCAAGUCCCAGAGAGCCCUCAUCUACUGGCAGCUCCAAAGACCCAACGAGGACCGCAAACAUGAGAUCAAGUCGGAGGACAGGGUGAUCCGCACGGAGCAGGGCCUGCUCAUCCGUAUCCUCACCCAGGCCGACUCAGGCGUCUACACCUGCCACGCUGUGGAGCACGGCUUCAUCCAGCCCCUCCUCCGCCUCUCCCUCCAGGUCAUCCCCACACAGAGGCUGGGUGAGCUGCUGCCUGGUGGGCCUCAGGGUGGAGCUGGAGGGUCUGGUGGCGCAGGUAGUGGGUCUGGUGGUGCAGGUGGGCCUGCUGGUACAGGGCACUCGACAAAACACAAGCUGUGGUACAGGGAUUUCCUCUCCCUCCUCGACCACCCUGACCUGAACAGCGUGGAGGAGUUCUGCGAGCGUGUGUGGCGGAAGGAGCGCAAGCAGCGGCGUCUGAAAACCCCCACCAUCACCACCAAUGACCAAAGUCUGGCUAGGCCUGACGGCGGAGCUCCAAGCUCAGGCCUAAAGCCUAAAAGUAGUCCUCUUGGCGCAGGUGCACCCAAUGCCCAGAAGCAGCAGAGCGGGCAUCCUACGGUGCAGCAGCAGCAGAACAAAGAAGGGAGCCCCCGGAGCACGAACACCCAGAAGGUGCAACACCAUGCAGGUAUGCUGACCCAGGCACAGGCCCCUAAAAACAACAACCAGAAUGCCCAGAACUCUCAGGCUACGCCCAACACCCAGAGCCCCCAGAAGGGCCAAGGCGCCCUGGGGGGAACCCAGGUGCCUGGUAGUGGGGCCAGAGGUGGACCCCAGCACACGGCCAAGUGGAGGCGGAUGCAGGAGAAUAAGAAGGGGCGAAACAGGAGGACCCACGAGCAACAGAGACCCCCGCGGAGUGUCUGAGACACACACAGCAACACACACACUUACACACAUAUUGUACAUUAAAAUAUAGACUUGCUAUCCCAUAAAGAUAUACUGUAGGAACCCACAUAAUGCAAUACUCAUGGACAUAUGCUCAUUCACACAUAAUAUGUAGACAGAAAAAUACCGUCCCAAUGGAAUGCUCUAAAACAUACAUAUAAAGCACACACACACACACACACACACACACACACACACACACACACACACACUGCAAAUACCCUGUGAAGACUUGGAGAAGACUGGCGACUAACAAGACAUUGAAGACUGAGGCUAAACUGGAAUCGUAUGCGUACUGUACAUGCUAACCAUGCGGAUAUAGUGGCCCAGGGGGUACAAUUUGAGGAACUGUGUAGUCCAGGUCCGUGUUGCAAGGGGACCGAGUUAUCUGGCGGACACAUAGCCCUCCUGUACAGACGCUACUUCCUUAUAGGACUGGGAUGGGGUUAAAAAAACAUUCAUUUUAAGUGAGGAUGAUACAUGUUACAUAUUCAGAAAUUUCGGCAAGUUUGGACAAUGGCCCCUACAGGACAUUUCAGAAGACAUUUCAGAAGGGAUUAAGACUUUAAAGUUCAGUAGGGACGUCCAUUACUGGCCUUGUUGACAUGCGCAGAAGGAAGAGGAUUGUCCACUAUAUAGAGACUGGAAGAACUAUAAGGAUAAAGAAUAAUUUGUCCUGUUGAUUGCAAACUAGAACCGAAAUACAUCAAAAGAAGCACAGUCAUUUUCAGAGAGUGGACUGCAAUUCCCAUAAUACAGUUCGUCUGCUCAACUUUAUUCAAUUGAUUCGAUUCACAAUGACUCUCAUGAAUGAGCACUUUGGGCUUGUACAUAGAGCUUGACUGUCUUAUAGGUCAAACAGAUUAAAUGGGGCACAGUUAGCUGGUUAACAAUCCACAACGAUGCCCUGCAUAUUGUUUGUAGUUCAAUAACAGAAUUAUUCAAUAUAAAACGACAAAAUCCACAAUAGCCUGUGAUCUGUGCAGCAAAAUCAAGCUUCUCUUCCUCCCAAGGCUUGAAAAGCAUUGUGCAUGUCGUAGUCAAUCAAUGUUCAUGAUUUGAAUAAGCUAUUUCUUGCCAGUUACUCGCUAUGUAAGGUUUUUUUAUGUUAAAGGAGUCCUAUGAAAGAAAAAUAUAUUUUCUGUUUUAAUUUGAUAUUUACUUCUCUCUCUCCCUACAAAACACUGCACCCCUGUAGGGGUAAACAAUUAUGUAGUAGAAUUUUUGACCUGCCCCUUUAAGUUAUUUUUCUUUCUUUGCUUUCUCCUGGAGUUGCGUGUGAACUUCUAAUUCCAGUCAUAUGUUCGUGCUCAGUCUGGAAAACAGACUGCCUAUUGAUUCUGUACAUAUACAUACAACAACAAAACGAUUCUUUAUGUAUGUAAAUAUAUACAACCAGAACACCACUGAUUAUUUAUUUCUCAUUGUUUUGUGAAAGGGUUGCAUUUAUUUUUGAUAUUCUGGUAUUUUGGCUCAUCAAUAAUCAAGAAAAGAAACUGCGGCACGUUGAGAAACAAAGACAGAUCAAUGACGACGGACUUCCUCUGUCAAGGACUCCCUUUUUUCCCGGGGGGCGUGUUUUGGAAGUGAACCACGGGUUUGAGAGUGGGAGCAGGGGAUUGUUGUGUGUUUUACACUAUCCAGACUGAGAGUGGGAGCAGGGGAUUGUUGUGUGUUUUACACUAUCCAGACUGAGAGUGGGAGCAGGGGAUUGUUGUGUGUUUUACACUAUCCAGACUGAGAGUGGGAGCAGGGGAUUGUUGUGUGUUUUACACUAUCCAGACUGAGAGUGGGAGCAGGGGAUUGUUGUGUGUUUUACACUAUCCAGACUGAGAGUGGGAGCAGGGGAUUGUUGUGUGUUUUACACUAUCCAGACUGAGAGUGGGAGCAGGGGAUUGUUGUGUGUUUUACACUAUCCAGACUGAGAGUGGGAGCAGGGAUUGUUGUGUGUUUUACACUAUCCAGACUGAGAGUGGGAGCAGGGAUUGUUGUGUGUUUUACACUAUCCAGACUGAGAGUGGGAGCAGGGGAUUGUUGUGUGUUUUACACUAUCCAGACUGAGAGUGGGAGCAGGGAUUGUUGUGUGUUUUACACUAUCCAGACUGAGAGUGGGAGCAGGGGAUUGUUGUGUGUUUUACACUAUCCAGACUGAGAGUGGGAGCAGGGGAUUGUUGUGUGUUUUACACUAUCCAGACUGAGAGUGGGAGCAGGGGAUUGUUGUGUGUUUUACACUAUCCAGACUGAGAGUGGGAGCAGGGGAUUGUUGUGUGUUUUACACUAUCCAGACUGAGAGUGGGAGCAGGGGAUUGUUGUGUGUUUUACACUAUCCAGACUGAGAGCCUUCAGGAUGAUAAGCACAAGCUUCUCAAGCCCUCUUCUAUGUGUCUGUCUCUUCUGGUCUUUUCGUAAAUGGGGGAUUUUUCUACCUAGGAGUUUUCUUCGUUGGAGUUUGGAAUCCCAUCCACCUAUUUCAUUCGCUCAUCCCAAAUACUCAUUUUAUGUAAGAUAAUACUACCCAAAACCUGAUAAACAUUAGCUGUGAAUUUCUAUGUAAGAACUAGUAAGGAAAAGGUUCAACUCUAAACCUAGUCUGAGGACGCUGAGUUAAAGCUGCAUGUGAAUGCUACUUAAGUGCAUCUUUUCUAUUGUCUCUAGAUGUUUCCUGUGAGAGGUAAAAGUCCUGUAGGCAACAUGUGUAAGAGAGAUGUGAAUAUUCUUCCUUUUUGCCAAAACAAAGAUGCCAACAUGUACCAGGGGUGUAUUCACUAGGAACCAAACAGAAGCAAACGGGCCGAAACGGGGAGGGACUAACCUGAACUUGUCCAAUAACAAACGCACAUUUUUGUUGCAAAUCGUUUUCUGUAGCUAAACAUUUUGCUAUGGUGUCUGCUAAUGAAUACACCCCAGUGAUGUUACUCCAACCCCAAAACAUGUAUUAAGACCUUCAACUUUUCAUACAACAGUGUGUUUCCCCCUCAGUAUACAACAAGACUGAUGUGUCAAUGCAAUAAUGGACCGCAGAUAGCAAGGUUUCCUGGUGGUUUGUGGUAUGUUUCCGGUCUCUCACGGUGUGUAGGGUGGACGAGGAGAGAACAGAUACCCCUGCUGUAACAUGGCUCUUCCUGGCAUGCGUUCAGUUGUCUAAUUAAACAUUUCCUGUAAAACCUA